AUGGAGGGGGGGAUGGCGGAGUCCACGGUGGGCGGCGACUGGAGGGCGCUGUUGGAGGCGGCGUGCGCAGAUGAUAGGCGCGGUGGGGAGCAGGAGGCGGCGCGGAGGCAACUGCAGGCCCUGGUGCGCGGCGGCCACGUGGCGCUGAGCGACGUGGUGGGCGGCAUGGGGCCGCACCUCACCACCGCCGACGGCGCGCUCCGUGCCAGAGGCACGGCGCUGCUAGCGGCGCUGGUGGAGGCCAUGCUCAAUGCUCGCCGUGCCGCUGCCACCGCCGCCCACAAUCGCCCCUCCCUGCGCCCCGCUCCCCCUUCCUCCCCCCCGCCCUCAGGCACGGCGCUGCUAGCGGCGCUGGUGGAGGCCAUGCUCGCAGUGCCGCUGCCACCGCCCACACUCGCCACUCUCGCGCGCUACUUCGCUCUCCGCAUGGUGCGCCUCGCCCCGUCCCCGCCCCCGUUCCCGCCCCUGCUGCCCACCACGCUGCGCCCAUUGCCUUCUGUUGCUGCCACGUGCAGCGCUCGCUCGCGCUCCUCUCGCCCGUCUCUCGAUUGCAUCCGUCCCCCACCCCACUUGUCUCUCCCCCUCCCUCCCAUCCUCCCGUUCCCCCACCAGGCGGACUGGCCGUGUGUGAGGGGGGCACUUGGGGGGGCGCUGGCGCUGCUGCAGAGGGGGGAGGGGGUGGGGGCAGUGGCGGAGGGGGAUGCGGGGAGCAUGGCAGCAGCGGUGGUGGAGGUGCACGUGCAGGCGCUGCCCCAAGUGGACAGGAUGUCUGUGCUUGGAAGCCCCAAUCUCUCCCGGCCACCCACCCGUCCGCCCAUCUCUGCCUUUGAGCCUAUCAUUUGCCUCUCCUCCACCCCGCCACCCAACCAUCCAUCUCUGCCUGCCCUUCCCCCUUCCCCGGCCCGCCCACCCCUCCAGCUCGCCCUGCAAGUGCUGCGUGCCCUCCUGGAGCGCCACCUGGCAGCGUCCCCCUCCCAAGCAGACAAGGGCGCGAGCAAGCGAGGUGAAGGGGGAGUGCAGUGGGCGGGGCUAGCGGUGGGGGUGGUGGCGGGGGUGGACGGGGAGAAGGACCCGCGCUGCCUGCUGCACGCGCUGCGCAUCGUGGCGCUGCUGGUGGGCGCUCUGCACGGGGAGGGCGGUAGCGCUGCUGUGAGCGCCGUGGCGGACGACCUGUUUGACGUCGUCUCUGCUUACUUCCCCGUCUCCUUCUCCCCUCCGCCCAACGACCCUCGGGGAAUCACGCGAGAGGACCUCGUUCAGGCACUGCUGGGCGCCUUCCAGAGCACGCCCCUCUUCGCCCCCAUGGCCGUCCCGCUGCUCCUCGACAAGCUCUCCUCCUCCUUCGCCACUGCCAAGCUCGACUCCCUGCGUUUCCUCACUGCUUGUGCCACCGCCUGGGGCCCCAACGCCAUUGGCCCCCACGCACCCGCCAUCUGGCGCGCCCUCAAACCCCUCCUCCCCGCGCUGCAUGCCCCACCACCGCACAGCACCUCUCCCACGCCCUCGCCCUCCGCACCCUCGGGCAGUGGCCCAGAUAUGUCAGCAGCGGCAGCGGCGGUGCAGUGUGUGGUGGCGUGCGUGCGAGCCACACUGCCCCGCAGCAGCAGCAGCAGGAGCAGCAACGAGGGGAGAAGCGCCAUGGGCGGUGAGGCUGCACACCCCUCCCUGCUGGCCGUGAUGCUGGCGGAUGAGUGUGUGCUGCACGUGGGGGGGCUGCUCGCACAGGGCGGGAAGGACGAGAGGGAGGGAUGGGGAGAAGCAAGGCAAGAAGGGACGGCAGGGGUGGCAGGGAUGGCAGGGAGAGUGAGGGCAGCAGGUGAGCUGCUCGCCUCUGUGGCCCGCGUGUCCCCCUCCGCCUCCUCUGCCGUCUCUGCUGCCCUCCUUCCGCCCCUCCUGCGCAUGCUGCUGCCCCCGUCCGCCCACGCGCAGGGGGAGGGGGGUUUCGAUGCUGGGAGGAUGGAGCGGCAGGGUGGGGAGGAGGGGGGGAGUGAGAUGUGUGAAGCAGUGCAGAGGGUAAUGCUGCAGCCACGUGGCAUGAUGACACUGGAUGUGUUGAGGGGGGGCAGGGGAGCAGCAGCGGGGUGGGUGAGCAGGACAGUACCGCCCGGUGCGAGGAAGCAGCAGUGCUUGGAGGUGAGUGGGCUGCCUGCCACGGCGUGUGUGCUGCCUCUGCUGCCUGCUCGUCGUACCCCAAUCUCCCUGCCUCUGUUGCCCGCUCGUCUUCCCACCUUGUCUUGUCCUUGUCUUGUCUCUUCGUUCUCCUGCCCUUUCACCCACCUCUUCCCCUCAGCUACUCUCAGACACUUCGUCCCUCCCUCCACCGUUUCACCCACUCCUCUCCAAUUACAUCACCUUCCUCUUUCCCUUCCUAUCUCCACCCCCUCUUUCCCCCUUUUUCCCCUCUUUCCUCCUCUUGUCUCCUCUUGUUCCUCCCCUCUUUCCCCCCCCCAUCCCCCACCAGUGGCCGGGUUGGAGUGCCUGGUGUCUUUCCCGCCGUCCUUCUCCCCUCUCUCCCCCGCGCUCCUCUCUCAGGCUGCUGCUCUCCUCACGCAUUCGCUCAUCCACCUGCCGCUCCCCCCUGCCCACCAUGCCGCCGCCACCACCACCACCACCCACUCUUCCACCGCCCACACCACGGCACCGCAGCAUCCCAGCAAGACCAGCAGCAACCCCCAUGCCUCCCUCCUCCUCGCCACUCCAAGUGCCCCCACCAGCUCUCCCGCAUUGCCCCCACAGCCAUUCUCCCCGGCCCUCCCGCCCCCCACGCCCGCAUUCGCCCGCUGCCUGCUGCGCGCCCUCUCCUGCCUUGCCCACGCCGAGGCCGGGUGGGGGGGCGCAGAGAGGGGCGAGGGGGGCGAGGAAGGCGCGGAAGAAGGGGGGAGAGCAGGAGGGGAGGGCAGUGGUGGUGGAUGCGGUGAGGGUGAUGGGAGUGGGGAGGAGGAGGACAGCAUGAGUGUGAGGGAGGUGGUGCUGCCGCUGCUGGCAGUAGUUGGGGAGGAGGUGAUGGGGGGGGGCUCUGUGGGGGCAGAGGAUACAAGUGGCGGGGAAGCGGAGGAGACAGGGGCGGAGAGGGGGAGCACGGAGGGGGGGGACGCAGGGCGAGUGAUGGUGUGUGGGGAGGUGCUGGCAGCGGUGGCGGGGGAGGUGGCAGCAGCACGGCACGUGCCAGGGUGUCAGCACGAGCCAAUUAUCGCACUGCUUCAGAUCCUCUCCACUCGCCUCAUUCCCUUGUGUGACGACACCCGCCCCUCCGACUCCUCCUUUCUGUGCAACCAUGCCACGGCUCUUUUCCGUGCUUUCACCCACAGCCCCUCCUCCUCCCCCACCUUCCCUCCCUCCGCGUCACCCACUCCUCCACCCGCCACUGAUGCGGCCCUGCUGGCAGCAGCAUGUGCCACACUCACUGUUGCCGCCCACCGCUGCUCCCACUCCCACCAGCUCGCCCUCCUCUCCUCCCUCGCCCCUCGCCUGCGCCUCCUCACACCCUCCUCUUCCUCUUCCUCCUCCACCCCAUCAUCCACGCACCCUGCUCCUGCACCCGCACCUCUUGCUACCGCCCUUACCAUGUGCACUGAGGAGCCUAUGAAUCGCCUCAUAGCCGCACUGCUGGUGGGCCUGCGCCCACCGUUGCUCGCUGCAGACGCCACUCCCACCACUCCCACAACUCAAACCGCGCUCUCAGCAGCUCAGGAGAAAGAGGGCCCCUCACAGGGCGAGCACACGGAGGGAAAGGAAGGCGUCACUGGUGCAGCAGGCGUAGACCACAUGGCUCUGCUGCAAGGCCUCUUGCGCCAUCUCUCCCUCGUUGCCACGUCAUCGCCCGCUCUCGUGUCUGCUGACUCAGCAGAGGCUGCCAGCGUGGCAGUGGCCUCGCUCGUCAAUAAGUGGCUCAAGGAGGGGAGGAAGGUUCCAGGAAGCAGUGGGGUGUGGUCGGUGGAUGAGGUGUUGCAGGUGGUGCUGGGGGAGGUGCUGGGGAUGGAAGGGGGAGGAGAGGCAGAGGGAGGAGGGGAGGUGAGGGGGGGUGGGUGGGAGGGGCGUGUGGGAGUGAGGCGGGUGCGACUGCUGGCGUGGGUGGGGUGGGCAGUGGCAGCGAGAGGCCAUGCGAGCAUGGCACGGGUGGCUCAUGCGUUGCUGCAGGCUGCCAUGGGAGAGAAGGGUGCGGUGGAGAGCGAGGAGAGGCUGGAGGGGGAUGCAGGGGAGAACGGAGAGGAGGGUGAGGGAAAAGUGGGAGGUGCGGAAGGGGGGCGCGAGGCAGCAGUGAGUGCAGUGGGGGUGGCAGCAGCGGAGGGGUUUGGAGUGGUGAUGGGGCAGGAUGCGCAGUGGCUGACCUCCCAGUGCCACUGUGUGUGCCGCCCGCUCUACCAGCAGCGCUUCCUCUCCGCCUUCCUGCCCGCCCUCGCCACCUCCCUCCCCCACAUGCCACCUUCUUCAACUUCCCAGUCCCGCAGGUGUGCUCCCAUGCUCGCACGCGCACCUGCCUCCCUGCUGCUCUCUGCUCUCAUCGUCCUGUGUGCCCAUCACUGCUGCCACCUGCACUCGCAUCCCACCCUUCGUCUUUUCUUUCACAACAUUUCCUCUCCUUUCCCAGCACUCAUUGUUCUCCCCUCUCCCCGUUUCGUCUGCUUCGCUACCCACUCCCCUCCCAGAGCCCAGUGUCUGAGAGCAUUCACUCACACCGUCGCCAACGCCCCACCUGCCGCGCUGCUCCUCUCCGCCCCGCAGGUGCUGCCGCUGCUGCUCUCGGCACUCGCGUCCCUCUCACCCCACCGCAUCGACUCUGAUUGCCUGCACUCACUGCUGCUGCUGCUCGCCUCCUUCGCCACCUCGCAAGGCAAAGCGAGGGACCUGUGUGGGCAGCACCUCACCACCAUUGUCACCACGCUCCUCGCCCUCUUCCAUGCCCAUGCCAAUCAUAUUGCUUUCCCUCGCUGUGCCUUGGAACCCUGCUGCACGGACCCCUUCUAUCAACUUCUCCUCGCCUCACCCCCCGCCUCCCCACGCCAUUCGUUCCACCCUGCACUCCGCCUGUUUCCAAUUUCCUUCUGCUCCGCUCUCCACCAAACCACCCCCAAAUCACCCCCCGUGAGGCAGGAGGUGCGGGAGACGGCAGUGCAGAGCCUCACAGCGCUGGCAGCGCUGCCGCACACACAAGUGUUCCCCCAUCGCGCCAAGGUGCUGAGAGCAAUGGACGGGUGUCUGGAUGAUCCCAAGCGGGCAGUGCGACAUGCUGCUGUCAUGUGCAAAACCACUUGCACACCACCCCCUCCGCAACCUCCCUCCACCUUCGUCGCCGUUCCCGCCGCCUCGCCGAAGCGCGUUACGCCAUUCACAUUCCGCCGCGCGCAGGUCAGCGCCGCUAGCGCGAUGACGGAGGGCCUUCCGCCGCCGCAGAACGCGGUGGAUCCGACAGCGGCGGUGGCGGCGGGGGCGGCGGCGCUGGAGGCGGAGCUGCUGGACGUGCUAGACGACAAGGGCCAAGCCACGGGCGAGGCACUUCCGCGCGGCGAGGUGCAUAGGCGCGGGCUGUGGCACCGCGCGGUGCACACGUGGGUGUUCGCGGAGCGGGGCGCGGAGCUGCUGCUGCAGCGGCGCGCGGCGCACAAGGAGUCAUGGGCCGACAUGUGGGACGUGUCUAGCGCCGGCCACGUCACCACCGGCUGCUCCUCCUUCCUCACCGCCCAGCGGGAGAUGGAGGAGGAGCUGGGGCUGUCGCUGCCGGAGUCCGCCUUCAAGUGGCUCUUCCAAGACACCUUCCAGUCAGUGCUCAAGGGGGGCACGUACAUAAACAAUGAGUUUAGUGACGUCUACCUCAUCACCGUGCCAGAUCCGCUCCCCCUCUCCGCCUUCACACUGCAAGAGUCGGAGGUAGCGGAGGUGAAGUGGGUGCCAUGGAGGGACUAUGAGGCCUCUCUGCGCGCUAGGGACCCUCACUACGUGCCCUUUGAUGUAGAGUCGCCCAAUGGCUACCGGCAACUGUUCACACACCUUGAGAAGCUAUCUGCGCCCUCGUAG